ACUUCAGAUAUCGGACCCGUUGCCAAUAUCACAUUCGAACUCCCAAAAAAGCACUCACAGGAAGAAACUAGCCGUUACACCUCUCUCUCUCUCUCUCUCUCUCUCUCUCUCUGUGGGAAGGAGUUCUCCCAUGGUGCUUUCCGUAGAUCCCUCUUCUCCUGCCAACGUCAACAAGGAGUCAGCGAGAUUGAUGGGUUCGUCUCCUCGGUUCAGCCCAUCGUCGGACAAGCUCUUCUGGAGCGCUCUCCGGGGCCGGGUCGAUACCAUUCUUGAGAACCGUAAACGUGAAGGGAGUGUUGGAGAAUCAGAUCGCGGGGCGAGGUUGAAGGAAGACUCUCUGCUUCUGCUGAGAGGAUUCGACUCCAUUGCGCACUCUCUGUGUCUACUUGGCAGCAAUCUGGACGAUGCCCUCGAGGGAGCAAGGGAUCUAGCAAAGCCACCCACAUUGACUGAAAUGUUCCACAGCAAAAUGGAGAAGGCAGAGAGUAAAGAAGAGGAAUCAGCAGAGGAAGAAGAAAAUGGAGGCUGCCGAGAAAAGCGACUGAAGAGAAAGCCUGAUGAUACCAAUGAAUUGUCUGAGGAUCAAGGAGGUGAUUCACAAAAAGAAAAUGAUCAAGGCCCCAAGGAUAGGAAGCUGAAGAAAGCCAAAACACUAGCAAUCUCUAUGGCAACAAAAGCAGCUUCGCUUGCUCGAGAACUGAAAUCAAUUAAAUCAGAUUUAUGUUUCAUGCAAGAGCGAUGCGUUUUGCUCGAAGAGGAGAACAGUAGGCUUAGAGACGGGUUCGAUAAAGGGAUCAGACCUGAGGAGGAUGAUCUGGUGAGGCUUCAACUGGAAGCACUGCUUGCAGAGAAAUCCAGAUUGGCAAAUGAGAAUGCAAAUCUAACUAGGGAAAACCAGUGCCUCCACCAGCUGGUGGAGUACCACCAACUCACCUCUCAAGAAUUCUCUGCAUCCUAUGACCAAGUUUUACAGGGAAUGUGCUUGGACUUUUCGUCUCCACCGCCACCCAUAGCUGAAGAGGGUGAUGACAAUGCUGAUAUUGAAGCUACAAAAACACCAAGGACAAAUACUUCUGCAUUCUCCUCUUUGGAUGAAUGCUAUGGUGCAGAUGAGUAAAUUUGGGAUUCGAGGAGCAUCCUACCAGGGUUUCUGCACUUUUGCAGUGGAUUCAUUUUGUGUUUUGGCAAAUGAUACUUUGAACUUUAAAUUUUGAUUGCAGGGCAGCAGGGGUAGCGCAGAUAAAAUUAUGUAUGCCCAAGCUGUCCUGGCUCCUCUUGAGUGUAAUUGAAUUCAGUUUUUGGAUAUCCAAGUUGCACAUCUUCAAAAA